AUGGCUCCUUCAAAUCAGCUGCCCCAGGUGGCCCAUACCAAUUGGGUUGUACAGAAGUUUGGAGGUACAAGCGUAGGGAAAUUUGCUCUCAACAUUAUUGAACAAGUCGUCCAACCUAGCCUCGUUAAAAAUAGAGUGGCAGUUGUAUGUUCAGCCAGAAGUAGUUCUACAAAGGCUGAAGGCACUACGAAUCGUUUGCUGCGGGCAGCACGAGAUGCCGAGAAUCCUAAUUCACAGGAAUAUCAAUCUCUCAUCGAAGCGGUUCGCCUGGAGCACGUCCAAGUCGCCCAGGAACAAUUAAAAUCGGUCGAUGUCAAGGACAAAGUGAUUCGGGAUAUUAAUGGAGAGUGUGAACGGGUCAUGAAAGUUCUCGAGGCGGCACAAACUCUCGGAGAGAUUACCGUACGCUGUGUGGACAAGGUCGUCAGCGCAGGUGAAAAGCUCAGCUGCAUGCUCAUGGCAGCCUUCCUUCAGGAUCGGGGAGUCGAUUCACAGUAUGUCGAUCUCGCCGAUGUCAUUGAUUUCCCGAUUGGAAACCAUGGUCUCGAUCAGGACUUCUAUAAUAGCCUAGCGGCAGUACUAGGACAGAAGAUUGCGGCGUGCGAUGACCGAGUGCCUGUCGUGACCGGCUAUUUUGGAACGAUCCCGGGAGGUCUACUCGACCAAGUAGGCCGUGGGUACACUGAUCUGUGUGCGGCUCUGGUCGCCGUCGGAACGCGCGCAGAGGAGCUUCAAGUUUGGAAGGAAGUGGAUGGUAUUUUCACUGCGGAUCCCCGCAAGGUGCCCACUGCUCGUCUCCUCCCCACUAUUACCCCGGCCGAGGCAGCGGAAUUGACCUUUUAUGGAUCGGAGGUCAUUCACCCAUUCACCAUGGAGCAGGUGAUUCGCGCCAGGAUUCCCAUCCGCAUCAAGAAUGUCAUGAACCCGAGAAAUGCAGGAACCGUCAUCUUCCCCGACUCGGCCGCUGAACUAGAGCGCACCACACCGGGGCAUGAUCCUCGCCUGUUCCGUCGAAGCCCCAGUCCAUUGCAGACUCCGAAGCGACCUACCGCUGUGACCAUCAAGCACAAGAUAUUGGUGAUCAACGUGCACUCCAACAAGCGAUCUCUGUCUCACGGGUUCUUUGCAGGCAUCUUCUCUGUACUGGACAAGUGGAGACUGUCAAUUGAUCUGAUCUCGACCAGUGAGGUUCACAUGUCGAUGGCGCUUCACUCUGAAAUCCCUCUUCUAACGGGAAGACGGGACGAGUACCAAGUCAUUGAUGAUGACCUGAAGGGGGCUUUGAGCGACCUGGGCAAGUACGGAGCGGUUGAUAUCAUUCCUGACAUGGCCAUUCUCAGCUUGGUUGGGAGGCAGAUGAAGAAUAUGAUAGGGGUUGCGGGGCGCAUGUUCACUACUCUGGGGGAUAAUAAUGUGAACAUUGAAAUGAUAUCGCAAGGUGCUAGCGAAAUCAAUAUCUCAUGCGUCAUCGAAGAGAGAGAUGCAGACCGAGCGCUCAACAUUAUACACACCAGCAUGUUCACCUUUCUAGACUAG